UAAAAAUGAGCAAGUUCUCUUGUUUCAGGAAGAUAUUGCAGUAUCUUUGCAUCUUUGUAAACCCUUUUAGGAUUCAAACUUGUUAUUUUAUCUGUGUGUCAGCACUGGGUUUUCUAGUUUUGAAGGCUUUGAAGCCUAGAAGUACUGAGUCAUUUAGGCCAAAUGACUUAGAUAUGUUCUUUAUGUCUGUGUCAGCCUCUACAGUAUCAAGCAUGUCUACUGUUGAAAUGGAGGUUUUCUCCAAUACUCAACUUAUUGUCUUAACCAUUUUAAUGGGAUUAGGUGGGGAAGUUUUUGUUUCAAUGCUUGGACUUCCUUGGUUUUAUUCCAACUUCAAGAAACAAGAAACCCAAAAAAAAUCAGACUCAGUAGGUACCCAUCACCAAAGUUCUUUCAAAAUUGAGUUGGGAUUGGUUGAUGACACUUUAGUUAGUGAGGACUUGAGAUAUAGCUCAAUCAGGUAUUUGGGUUGUGUUGUAUGGGCUUAUUUCUUGGUUAUUCAUAUUGUUGGGUCUGUAUUGAUUUCAAUGUAUCUGAGCUAUGUUCCUAGUGCAAGAAAUGUCCUUGAGAACAAGGGUCUUCAUAUAGUGACAUUCUCUGUUUUCACAACAGUCUCUACCUUCACAAAUUGUGGAUUCAUUCCCACAAAUGAGAAUAUGGUGGUCUUCAGUAAACAUUCAGGACUGCUUCUUCUUCUCAUACCUCAAGUUCUUCUUGGAAACACAUUGUACCCGCCGUGUUUGCGAUUUCUAAUUUGGGUCUUGGGGAGAUUUACAAACAGAGUAGAAUUAAAUUACUUGUUGAUGAUGAACUCCAAUGAUAUUGGAUAUAAUCACUUGCUCCCCUUUAUGCACUCUUGCCUUCUGGUUGUCACUGUUUUUGGGUUUAUAGUGGUUCAGUUCAUUCUGUUUUGUUGUAUGGAGUGGAAUUCAGAAGCCUUGAUGGGUCUGAAUUCUUACCAGAAGCUAGUUGCUGCGUUGUUCCAGUCAGUGAACUCGAGGCACACUGGUGAAUCCGUCGUCGAUCUCUCAGUCAUCUCGCCGGCGAUCCUGGUCCUAUAUGUUGUAAUGAUGUAUCUUCCUCCUUACACCACCUUUUUGCCCAUAAAAAAUGAUGAGCAGAUAAGUAAUCCUAGAAGUUGUGAAAAAGGGAAAAAAAGAAAAGAAGGGCUAGUGGAGAACCUCCUAUUUUCACAGCUCUCUUAUUUGGCCAUAUUCAUUAUCCUCAUUUGCAUCACUGAGAGGAAAAAGUUGAGAGAGGAUCCCCUCAACUUCACUGUGUUGAACAUUGUAAUAGAAGUAAUCAGCGCAUAUGGAAAUGUGGGAUUCACAACAGGAUAUAGUUGUAGAAGACAACUGAAGCCUGAUGGCUACUGCAAGGAUACAUGGUAUGGAUUCUCCGGGAGAUGGACCAACCAAGGGAAGCUUAUCCUCAUCUUAGUUAUGUUUUUUGGAAGACUUAAAAAGUUCAAUAUGGAAGGGGGUAAAGCUUGGAAACUCGUGUAAAAAGAUAGAAGUUGAGGACUUUCUUUAGUAUAAAAAUUAGGUAUAUUUUCUAAGUACUGUAAUUACAUCUCAUCUGAUCAUUAGAGUAUAUGGAUGCUUUGAACAAUUCCCUGCAUACCAACAAGAAGUAAAUUUUGGCUCA